GUGAAGGCGAUGGCGACAGUCGGGGCGCUUGUCGUCCAGCGGGCGUGCUUCAUUUUCAUGUGCAUCCUCCACGCCUACAGCAUGGUGGAUGUAACAGAGACCCUCCCAUCCACCUUGCGGCUCAGAGGAGGGAUGCAUCUAUUCAACGAAGCCAUGUAUGCGCUAGAUGACGAGGUCGACCUCCCAGACGCUUACCACGAUGAGAAUAUUCGGGAGCAGAUACAGAAAAGGUUUCACAAGCUGGUAAGCCCUAGCACGAGUGGGUUGGCCGUCGACUUUCCAGCCAUGCAGGAGCGAUAGUGACGGGUUUGCAGUUUGACGAUCCGAGCAACACAGAGCUCUACGACGCUAUAAAGCUCUUUAGGAGGAACAAGCUUGCGCACAAAAAGGAGCUGCCGAUACCCAUCCACCCAGUGGUAGAUCCCAUGCUUGCUGAGAUCAGGAGAAGAAAUCAAGAUGCCGCGGCUUUCCGGAGUAAAGAUACGCUGCGGAAGAGGAGCAAGAUAAAGCGAAGGCACAUCCUAUCCCAUGUUCUAUCCAGCAAGAAGCGCAAGGCUAAGAAACAACUCCAUGGGAAACAACAGAGGUUGAGAAAGAGGAGAAGCUCAAGGGGCCCUGACAAGAAAUGAAUAUUUAAUAUGAUCUG